ACAGCAAAUAUUCUCCCAUUGAUCCCUCUCUCUUUCCUUGUCUGUUUUAUGUUCCAAUCAAUUGCAUCUCUCCCACCUCUCUUUUGUUUCUUUGGCUCAUUCUUAUUCAUAUAAUCUCGAUCUCAUUCUUAUUUCAACCUUUAUCCAACUUUUGUUAUUCCUCUUCAUCCAUGGAGAUUUAGCAAAACAAAGCAAAAAAUAACAAAGAGGUUGAGUUUAACUUGGGUAAUUAAGAGGUAAAUAACAUGGAAACAUCAGUGAGGAGAAGUAGUAUUGGUGGGAAAGAAACAAAGAGGGGAACAUCUCCUUCAAGUUCCACCAUUAAGAAAACAUCUCCUAAACCUUCAUCUUCAUCUUCAACCCCAACUGAUGAAAACACAACCAAAUCUGUCCCUAAUUAUCUGAAACCCACCAUGAGUUCGAGUCUGGAUUUCUCAAGAAUCCCUGCUAAGAAGUCAACUACUGAUCAUGGCUUUGCUCAAAAACCAGCUGUUGAUAGAAGAAGAUCCUUCGAAAGACCACCACCAUCAUCCCAAGUUAGCAGAGCUAUUCGAGGUCCACCUAGUGGGACCCGCGACAUUAAACCUCAAAGAUCAUCCUCUUUCUCAAUCAAGUCAACUAACACUCCUUCCUCCGCCGCCGCCGCCUCGACAAGGCCGGGGUCGGAGAAGUUGUAUGCAAGGACAUCGAGCUUGAAGGAUAGGAAGGUGGUAGGACCUCAGAUGAGUAAGUCUUAUAGUCUCAAGAGGACUGCAUUUCCAUCAACAAGUUCCAAAAAAGAACCAACAUCAUUAACAUCAUCUUCAUCUUCAUCUUCUGCUGCAAAGAAGCCUCCUAGGAGUGUAACCUCAGAAUCAAGUGUAGAUUAUGAGAGUAGAUCAUCAGUUGAUCAUUUGAUUAUCGAGGAUGAUUUUGUGAAUAUUGAUGACAGUGAGGUUCAGUCUCUUCCUGAAAUGUCUGAGAUGCCUGAAAGUAGCAGGGAGUUGGCUGACCCUACUAAUGUAGAGGUUGAAGAAGAAGUCGAGCACGUUGAAGAAGCUCACCCAAAGGAAAGGAUUGUGGUUGUGGAGGAAGAAGAUCAUCAGCCUUGUCAUGAACAUGUAAUGGAGGAGGAGGAGGAGCCUGCAGUAGAAAAACAGAGUGAAAAAACCGAUCAUCAUCAGAGUGUUGAACAAGAAUCUGCAGUAGUUGAUGAUCAGACAAAGGUUGAGCUUGCAGAAGAACAGAAUCUGGUAAGGAAUGAGCAAGAUGAGUCUGAUAUAAAGGUAGUUGAAGUUGUUCCAACUGAAACAAUGGUUGAAGAAACGAUUAUGGAGGAAGAAAUGGAGGAACAAGAUAACAGAGUGACUGAAAAGGAAGAGGAAAAAACAGAAGAAGAAGAUGAGAAGAUGGUUGAAGAAGUAAAAGAGGAGAAGAUGGUUGAACAAGUAAAAGAGGAGAAGAUGGUUGAAGAAACUGUCCGCAGUUUACCUGCAGAUACUGCUGUUGCUGCUGCUGCUAGUGCUACUGCUACUGCUACUGCAACAGGGAAAACACAGGGUUCGGCGGCGGGGAAGAAAGAUAAGCAAGCUUAUAAUGAUGUGAUUGAAGAGACAGCAACUAAGCUUAUGGGAAACAAAUCAAAGAACAAGGUUCUGGCAUUAGCUGGGGCUUUUGAGACUGUCAUUUCUUUGCAGGACACUAAAAAGAGCUGACCAUCUGCAUCUGCAUCUGCAUCUGCAUCUGCAUCAUCAUCAUCAUCAUCAUGCUUAUUUCUUCAUAUAUACAUACAACAUAUAUCCAGUCGAUUUCGAUUUGUUGGAGAGUGAAAAGAAAGAAGAAGAAGAAGAAGGGAAUGGUUUUAUUCUUUGAUUAAUUUGUCUACUUAUUACAUUUUUGCCUUUUAAUUGUUUUUUUUUUUUUUUUGAGGUUGGAAAAUUUGGUAACAGUUUGAUUUGCUUCUGUUGGAUGCAAUGUCAUACAAAAUUGUACUUAGCUAAUUUAAAUCUUUCGGUUUUUUGUUA